AUGGCGUCCCCUCUCUUCCUCGCCCAGCAAGUCUUCUCUGCCAUAAGCAACAGCAAUCUUGGUACCCCCGAUCUGUCUGCAUGCGCCAACGACACAGCAGGAGCUAAUUCGACCCAAAACGCCACUCAACCCCUGGCAUUCCCCACUGAUGUGUCUUCGCUCCUCAGCUUUUUGGUCUCUUUCUCCGCGCUGCGAGAGUGGCUCAAAAUCCUUGUUUUUGGAAGCGCCCUCGAAACCCUCAGACGGCUGGCAUUCCAUUUCUACUACAAGAUCUACAACUCCUUUUUUAUCACCGCCCAUUUCGAAGAGGAUGAUUCGAGUUAUGACUGGAUGAUGCUGUGGCUGUCUCAGCAACCUACAUGGAAAUCUGCGCGUGAUGUUCAAGUCAGCACCUCAUCGUUCGGCCUCAACUCAACGGCAGUCAAGAUCGAAGGGGAAACAGACGAGAACCCUGCCGAUGUCGGACGGCAGCUUGCUUAUCUGCCCUCCUUGUCAGCUGUCUCGUCCAUGUGGUACAAACGUCGUUGGAUGCGUAUCACCCGAAGUUCUCGGGAAGGCUAUUAUGGCCGUCGUGAAAAUUUACUCGAGAUCUGCAUCCUGUCUAUGGACCACUCUAUCCUCAACCAGCUCUUGAUCGAGGCGAAGAAGGCGUACCAGGCCGCCCAGGAGAACACAAUCAGCAUCUAUGUUUCGGAUACGUCGAACAACUGGCGCAUGGUCGCUUCCCGUCCCAAACGACCUUUAAAUUCCAUCGUCUUGGACCCUGGUAUCAAGGAUCUGCUCAUCGGGGAUGCCCGCGAUUUCCUACAGAGCAAGAGCUGGUAUUCUGCGCGUGGUAUUCCUUUCCGCCGAGGCUAUCUUCUGUACGGUGCUCCAGGUUCAGGCAAGACUAGUAUCAUCCACAGUCUAGCUGGAGAGCUGGGCCUUGAUGUCUACGUCAUCUCCCUCUCUCGUAUUGGCCUCGACGACACGUCUCUCAGCGAGAUCAUCACGGACCUUCCGGAGAAGUGCAUCGCCUUAAUGGAAGACAUCGACGCGGCCUUCAGCCAGACCCUCAACCGUGAACCUGACGAGGACGAGAAAGAGGACCCUGAAAAGAAGAAGGAUGGAGCAGGCUCGAACAAGAACAACCAGCCUCCACCUCCUUCGACGAGCAGGAUCACCCUCAGCGGGCUCCUCAAUGCUCUUGACGGUGUCGCGGCUCAGGAGGGCCGCAUUCUUUUUGCUACCACGAACAAGUACACCUCGCUCGACCCUGCCCUCUGCCGACCUGGACGCAUGGACAUCCACAUCGAGUUCAAGCUUGCGAGCAAGUACCAGGCCGGCGAGCUUUACCGGUGCUUCUACCUUCCUGACUCCGAGGCCGACACUGAAGUGUCCAAGGAGAAGGAAAAUGACAAAGAAACGGACCAGUCCGACGUCGAGGAAAAGCCCAAAGGUGCAACGGCAAUCGACUCCGGAUACUCCUCAGCCGACGAGAAAGAGAAAGACAAGCAAGCCGCCAAAGCCGCAUCGGAAUCUACCUCUGCCAGCAAGCCCGAACCCGUCGCCUUCAGCGGCGAGUCGCACCGCAGGCGCGCACCUAAGCUCUCGCGCACCCAAGUGGCCACCCUCGCCAACCAGUUCGCCGAGGCAAUUCCAGAGCGCGAGUUCUCGAUGGCUGCUCUCCAGGGCUACCUCAUGGGCUACAAGAUUCGGCCCUAUGAGGCGAUCUCGGAGGCUCAAGCGUGGAUUGCAAAAGAGAGCGCGGAUGCCCUGACAAAGAAGGCUAGUGCGGGCCCCCCUUCUCAGGAGAAAGUGAAAGAAGUUGUGGCUAAGGUUGCGAAGAAAGAGGAGUCGGAGAAGGUCACUGGGGUCAUUUGA